UUUCCGUGGAAGCAUAUUAUAAAUUCUGAGAGCUCCAGGCCUCACUAGUGCUCGUCACUGGAAUGUAUCCAAAUAUGUGUUAGGGGAUGCGUUUGGGGCGAGUGGUGGUGGGGAGGUGGGUCCCAGCUUGGGAAGAAAAGAGGGACCCCACCCCCAACCACCUGGGAAGGCCUUAAACUACAACUCCCACAAUAAGUUGGGCCACCGGGCCUCUCUGCCAAGGGGCCCUGGAUGCGGAGCAUCAUGGGAAUUGUAGUCCAAGACUAGCCCAGGAUGGGCGGGGCAUGGAGUCCCGUAGCCAGUGUCUUGAAGCCCGGACCCCAGCCCAGCCUUGUGCCCACAGAUGGAUUCGCUCUGAGCCGAGCCCCUCUGGCUCCGCCCUAUGCUGUGGUCCUCAUUUCCUGCUCCGGUCUGCUGGCCUUCAUCUUCCUCCUUCUUACCUGUCUCUGUUGCAAACGGGGUGAUGUUCGUUUCAAGGAGUUUGAGAAUCCGGAAGGGGAGGACUGCUCUGGGGAGUACACCCCCCCUGCGGAGGAGACCUCCUCCUCACAGUCGCUGCCUGAUGUCUACAUUCUGCCGCUGGCAGAAGUUUCACUGCCAGUGCCUGCCCCGCAGCCUGCACACUCAGACAUCAGCACCCCCCUGGGCCUGAGCCGACAGCACCUCAGCUACCUGCAGGAAAUUGGCAGCGGCUGGUUUGGGAAGCGCCUCCCUUUCACUCCAUUGACCACUCUGCCUCGCCACCCGGGUCUCAGGUGGUGGUGAAGGAGCUCCGGGCUAGUGCCGGGCCCUUGGAGCAGCGCAAGUUCAUCUCAGAGGCUCAGCCCUAUAGGGAGACCUGAAGAGAUACCUCCGGGCCCAGAGGCCACCUGAGGGCAUGUCCCCGGAACUGCCCCCUAGAGACCUUCGGACACUGCAGAGGAUGGGCCUGGAGAUUGCCCGGGGACUGGCACACCUGCACUCCCAUAACUACGUGCACAGCGAUCUGGCGCUGCGCAACUGCCUGCUAACUUCAGACCUGACUGUUCGCAUCGGAGAUUAUGGGCUGGCCCAUAGCAAUUACAAGGAAGACUACUACCUGACACCCGAGCGCCUAUGGGUACCACUGCGCUGGGCAGCACCGGAGCUGCUGGGCGAACUGCAUGGCAGCUUCGUGCUGGUGGAUCAAAGCC